GCGCAGGCCCUGCGUGCGUUGAAUUCGCAGGCCGCCUGCCUCGAGAUAAGCGCCACAGCAAUGGUCGCAUUGCGCCCGGCCAUACAAAGACGACGAUGCCCCGACCUCCGGCUCAAUCUGCGCCCCCACCUCCCUCCUUCUUGCGAGAUCGUCGAGAUCGUCGUGCCAGUUUCGGCUCUGCGCGCAUCGAUCGACGGCCUCGUCGCAUCUCGCAGCUCGCUCCAUCGGCGGAGGCUUCUUGUGGAGGAGACGAUCGACUGAGUGAGUGAUUGAUAGAGUGCAACUCGUUCCAGCGGCGGAUGCUUCUGGUGGAGGGGAUGAUCGAGUGAGUGAGCGAGUGAGUGGGCCGGUAGUUCAGCACGGGCGAAUAUGGUUUGGAGGGUUUCCAGGUUCGGGAGUGACCGCAGAGCCGUGGAGUGAAACUCGGCGAGUUUUGUUCAUCAAACAUUGAGGAAUGGAAAAUUCGUGAACGACCAGUGGGCGACGCUUUGAGGUUGUUGCACGCUGAGGGGCUUUUCGCUUUCGUCGCGAGGUUUGCGGGGGAGCCUUCUCUGCAUGGGGAAGCUGGACUAGAUCAGACCUUUCGUUCUUUCUCUCUUUCUUUCCUUCCUUCCUUCCUUCAGGAGCGCGCGGAUGUCCGGGACGUAGAUAGAGGGCUUGUUCUGAGAGGGUUGAGUUCUGCUCCCUGGUCCGCGAGCGGGAGGCAGAGCAUCGCAGCAGCAGCUCAGUGAAACCGAUAGGCUUGAUUUCAUCAGGUGACUAUACCUUCUUGCGAUGAGGUUGAUGUCUUGGGGUUGUGUCUAUCCGAUGAGAACGUGAAGCGCGAGACCCCAGGUGGCAUGCUCGAGCUGGCCAAGAUUUUGUAGCUGUCGUUCGUUUUUCGAAAACUCUGGGUGAUUGAGGCCCAUUCGCUCCUUUCGCGCACGUUCGAAGGUGGUGGUUUUGGUGGUUUUGGAACCAGGGAACAAGCCUUUGUGCUCUCUUCCUCCCCGAAGAACGCACUCAUUUAUAGCGCAGACAGCUUACUCGGUCUGUGUCCCUUUAUCCUGUCAGGUCUUGCGGUGUACCCUUUAUCAAUGCACAGUGAAGCAGUUCGCUCUAGUGCAGACAAACAGACGUGAUUGAAGUAGAUCACAGAAGCCUCAUGGUAUAAAUUUCGGUCUAUGGGACUCCGAAAUAACUAUGAAUGUUCCGGUGUUACUCGCAAGAGGCUCAUGGGUCUAGUUUCACUUGCAGACAUGGAGAGGAAGCGGAGGAAGGACGAGGACGAGAUUGAGAAUCCGCCGGAAAGCUCAGGUGGACGAGGAAGAAGUUCAUUUGAGCACAAACUUCCGAUUGAAAUGGUGGAGAAGAUAUUUUCAAUGAUGCCAUUCCCUACAGUUUUGAAUGUCAAGAGGUUGUCGAAGUACUGGUAUGGGCGAUUCAGAAGUCCCCAAUUUCUUCUCACUGCCGCAAAGGACGCGAAUUGGCCUGUCUAUGGUCCGCUCGUGGUAUCUGGACAAGCAAUGAUGGGAUUUCAUAAAGCUUCUGGUACAUGGGUGCCGUUUUCACUGCCGAAACAUGUUCGCUACGAGUUCUUUCCAGAAUUUCGAUGUAUUACAAUCGAGGGAUCUGUUUUAUGCAAGGUUGAGAAAGCAGAGGGCGUCCACGAGACUCCGUUUAUACAUGUUGUCGACCUGAUCACUGGAGUUAGUAAACAAUUGCCAUGGCAACUAGGAUAUAUGCUGCGUAUGGAACCCGAUCAACUUCGCGUUCUUCGAGAAGGAGCGGGAAGUUUCAGGAUCUUUAUGCUAUUCCAUACAUCGUAUGAUCAAUGCAAGCACUAUCAGGAUGUGACCACGGUGCUAUACGAUGCGAGGACAGGUGGAAGGACAGUGAGGUUUCAGUGUGUACAAGCAUCGUACAUGUUCCACAACAGCGCCUUCUUUCAGGGAAAGUUGUACUGCUUGGGCACGGAUCACACGAGGAAGCGCAGACAAAUCUGGUCAUACGAUCUUGAUGACCACAAAGGUUGGUGGGCGAAAGCUGCUUGGGCCAAGAUUCACGAUGGGAAAGUUGAACAAUCUUCGCAGCGAAUCAUAGGAGGCGGUAUAUUUAACUGUGGAUCAAAACUGGUGGUUCUUACGAUUUUAUCUGUCGCAGUUUCUACGAGCAUUUUCGUGGAGGUGCAUGAGCUAGAAGCAGUGUCUAGGAGAGUGACUGAGUGGACAGGAGCUUGUCGCAGAUUUGAUCGAGAGUUCAGUCAACUAGAUGUUCCCAAACUUGCUUGCGGUUUCGACGAUUGUAUAUACAUGUCCUUCAGUUCGAAUCCACUCCUCGAACCUUGUCCAGUUUGGGCUCUUCAAGUCAAGUCCUCGAUGGACCUCGAUGCCACUUCUGCGUGGCAACCCAUUCUUCCUAUAGUAGGCCCCCCUGCAGGUCCAAGAUCAUAUCGGACAGAGUUCUGGUUGAAGUUCAGUUUCGAGCCAGGCCGCCAACUGUAUCUACUUCCAGAUAGCGAGUCGACCCAGGAACCUGUAAGCCGGAAGGUUGUAUAUCAGUAAAGUCUAUUCAUAUGCUCUGAACCAC